GUUACGUUGCCAUUAUGUGUCGGUCGGUGACUAAAGAUCUUCACGAUCACAGUGUGCAGUUGAAUCGGUGGUUUUUAAAGCCAAUAGGCGCGUGGCCGCAAGAACCCACGACUUCUAACAGUGAGAAAACUAUGUCUCGAAUUUUGAUAUUCAUCUGCUACUUCUUGAUAGCCUUCACCGUGAUACCGUGCGCAUUAAAUAUCUUUUUUGAAGAGAAAGAUGUCGAACUAAAACUAAGAGCAGCCGGUCCGCUGAGCCACUGGUUCAUGGGCGGAUUAAAUUAUUGCUCUUUAUUGUUGCGCAGUGCUGACAUACGUAAGUGCAUGCAACACAUGGAAUUGGAUUGGCGAAUUAUGAAGCAAUCGCGGGAUCGCGAGAUUAUGGCGAGAAACGCGAAGCUGGGCCGAUUUGUGGCGGGUUUCUGCGCAAUAUGCAUGCACGGCGGCGUGUUUUCCUACAACAUCGUAUCCGGUAUGACGACAGUGAUAGUGUCGAUCGGCGACAACCAGAGCGUCUCGAUGCUCCAACUACCUUGUGCCUUUUACAACAAAUUAAUAGAUACCAGAUACAGCCCGGCAAAUGAGAUUGUUCUUAUAACACAGAUGCUGUCGGGUUUCAUAGUGAACUCCACCACUGUCAGCGCUUGCAGUUUAGCUGCGGUUUUCGCUAUACACGCGUGUGGUCAACUCGAUAUUUUGAUCUUACGUCUAGGCAAGCUCGUCGAAGGUGAAGAUGCGGAAAAAAAUGAACCGGUCCAGAGGAGGCUGGCCAAUAUUGUGGAUCACCAUCUACGUGUUCUAAAAUUUAUAGGAAGCAUCGAAGACGUUAUGCAUCAGAUAUGUCUGGUAGAAUUACUUGGAUGCACAUUUAACCUAUGUAUGCUUGGAUAUUACUCCAUUACGUGGUGGAAUAAGAUUGACAGAAAGGGCAUAGUGGCGUACAUUAUCGUGUACAUAUCCAUGAGUUUUAAUAUUUUUAUAUUUUGCUACAUAGGUGAAAUUUUAACGCAACAGUGUAAAAAAGUUGGCGAAAUAGCAUAUAUGACCGACUGGUAUCAUUUACCUCAUAAAACAGCCAUGAGUUUGAUCCUAAUUAUAUCAAGAUCGAGUGUUGUAAUCAAAAUAACUGCUGGAAAAAUGGUUCAACUUUCUCUCGUAACUUUUAGUGACGUAAGUAUCUUUCUUUCAAUAGAUUUCUCUUUAAAUUUUUUAGACCACCUUCGUCAUUUUAGGUUAUCAAAACGUCUCUCGUUUACCUAA